UUUUAUGCUCUUCGUAUGUACGCCAUUGCUCGACUUCCGUCCAUGAAAGACGUUUAUCUUCAUUUUUAAAAUAAAUUCUACCAUUAAAGUCAUUUUGUUCUGACUCUUGUAGACUAAAUCAGAAUGAUUGAACCUAAGAAGAGAGUGGCGGACAUGGCGGUGGUUCCUACCGCCGUGAAGCGGCCCCGUACGGAGCUGGUGGCGGCGGCUCAGUCUCAACAACUCGUGGCCAUGGGUCCCCCACGGAGCUCCAGCCUGCAGGCUCCCAUUAUGCUGAUGUCGGGCCACGAGGGCGAGGUCUACUGCUGCAAGUUUCACCCCAACGGAGCCACGCUGGCCUCCUCAGGAUUUGACAGGCUCAUAUUGAUGUGGAAUGUAUAUGGGGAUUGUGACAACUAUGCCACUCUGAAGGGCCACAGUGGAGCAGUGAUGGAGCUCCACUACAACACAGAUGGAAGCAUGCUGUUUUCGGCGAGCACAGACAAGACUGUAGGUGUGUGGGACAGUGAGACAGGCGAGAGGAUCAAGCGUCUGAAGGGCCACACCUCCUUCGUUAACACCUGCUACCCGGCUCGCCGAGGGCCCCAGCUCGUCUGCACCGGCAGCGAUGACGGGACGGUCAAGCUGUGGGACAUUCGUAAGAAAGGGGCGAUCCACACCUUUCAGAACACCUACCAGGUGCUAGCCGCCACAUUCAAUGACACCAGUGACCAGAUCCUGUCAGGAGGCAUCGACAACGACAUCAAGGUGUGGGACCUGAGGCAGAACAAGCUGAUCUACAAUAUGCACGGCCAUGGUGACUCAGUAACUGGACUCAGCCUGAGCUCUGAGGGAUCAUACCUUCUCUCAAACUCCAUGGACAACACAGUGCGUAUUUGGGAUGUCCGACCAUUUGCACCCAAGGAGAGAUGCGUGAAGAUUUUCCAGGGCAACGUUCACAACUUUGAGAAGAAUCUGCUGAGGUGCUCCUGGUCUACUGACGGCAGUAAGAUAGCUGCCGGCUCAGCUGACAGAUUUGUGUACAUCUGGGACACCACAUCACGUAGAAUCCUCUACAAGCUGCCGGGCCACGCCGGCUCCGUCAAUGAAGUGGCCUUCCACCCAGAGGAGCCUAUAGUACUGUCUGCCGCCAGUGACAAAAGGCUCUACAUGGGAGAAAUUCAGUAGUGCGUUUGUGUGUGAGAGCGUGCGUGUGUGUGUGUGUGUGAGCGUGUGUGUGUGUGUGUCCUGCCUUUAGAAGUGGAUGGGUGGUGUUUGUCGGUGGGUUAGGAGUCUCUGUAAUUUCAUGAGCUUCAGCUCGUCGCAGAACAACCUCAGGACGUGUGUUUGAAGUUUAUUAUCAGUCACAACCAGCUCCACCGUGACUUGUUUUUUUUUAAAUUUUGAUUUGUUUCUUUUUAAUAAACUCGAUUUAUUCUUUAAAAUGAGUUUGUGAGAUUCAUUUGUCAUUGUGAGUAGUUCCUGUGUUUAUAGUAGUUUUACGUGCAACUUGCUGCUGGUUUUAUCCAACAACCGCGAAUGAAAUAAUGUUCUUCUCACAGGUAAACACAUUAAUGACAAGAAGUGGAGCUUUGAUAUGAACAUGGAGGCAAUGUGUAAGAAAGAACAACAAACUGUUUAUUACAGAUCUAACUUAUUCUGUCCUGACACACUCAGUUAGUUGUAGGUUUCAGAUGUUUAUGUUAACCCUUUUCAGGUUUGUUGUCUCUUUGUUUUAGACAAAUGUAUAUUUCUGUUUAUCUACCUUGAGAGCAGCGAAACACAGGAGUCAAAUUCCUUGUAUGUGUUCACACUUACUUGGCCAUUACAGCUGACUCUGAUUCUGUACGGGAGUUUAAAUGUGCCAAACAGGAAUCAGUUGAGCAAUAUAGUCUCGGUGGGCUGUAAAAUCGCUGGUGAGCAGCAGCAGCCUAAACUUUUAACAUUUUUAGACAACAAAUUACAAGGGGAGCAACACUCAUCUUAGCCAAUGUGGACCAUCCUCUCUGGUUGGAGAUACGGGGCUCAGAAGGAAAAUUAGGUCAACAAAUUUCACAUUUUAGUUUGUUCGAUGUGCAAUUAAUGCACUUAAUUAAUAUGUACCAUAAACUCAGUUUACAGGCCUUUGUGCUGUUCUGCAUGUCAUCGUAUCCUCAUUCUUAUUUGUUGCAGUUUUUACUAUCAACUGUUUAUAAUUAUCAAUAUAGAGUGUAGUUUACAUACUUUUAUGUACUCAUCUUUUCUUAUUGUUCAGUUGUGUUGGGAAGUAAAGAGAUGAAGUUAACUGUUUGAAGAAUGAGGCCAUUAACAGUGAGUACUAUUGCUUUUUAGACACAUUAAUUUUACGGUAAGUACUU